AUGGCAAAAUGGUGGUUUUCAUCAGACACAGCCAUUUUUAAGGUCAUACAAUGGUGCAAACAAACUCAAACUCUCUUGUUCAUUGUCUUCAAGAAAGUUGCAUACUCCCUUUCCAUCAUUGCUUUCUCAAUCGGAGGGGCAAUAGUUGGAACAGUAGUUGGAGCCAUUAAAGGGCAGACAACUGAGACUGGGUUCUUACAUGGCGGUGCAGUUGGGGCUAUUACCGGUGCAAUCACAGCCAUCGAAUUGAUGGAGUUGAUUCAAAACGGCGAGUCAUUCUCUAAGGUUGCCUUGCUACAUAGUAUUUUGGAUGGAAAAGUUUUCGUCGAAUGGGUGACUCCUGCAGUGUUAAAAGCUUAUCAUUGGCAGAUUAACUCAAUGGGGAUGCUCGGUGAUGGUGAUGGUGUUGAUGGUUCGGAGUUGUACGAGAUAAGUAACGGGAAACAAGGAUUGGCUAAGGAUUCAAUUGAGAAGCUCACUCAAUUUAAUAUUUCCAUAUCAUGUCACAAUGUUGGAUGUUGUUCUAUUUGCUUAGAGAAUCUAAAAGAUGGAGAUGUUGCAAGGAUAUUGCCAAGCUGCUUGCACUUGUUUCAUCUACAAUGCAUAGACCAGUGGUUGAUAAGGCAGGGUUCAUGCCCGGUAUGCAGACAUGUUAUCAUUUGACCUAAUUACUCGAUUGAUGCAACCCCGAUAGUGAA